CUGGUCUGAUAGGGAGUCAAUGAUGUUCCCAGAAAAGGAGUGUGUUGGGUAAUGGACUGAAAAGAAGGCUGCUUGACUUCCUCUCUCGAGUCAGCCAGGGCACUGCAGUGUCUGGUGACUCACUCACUCUCUUGGCCAGCAUGUGGAGGCUGCUGUCCACUGCCCUGCUGCUUCUGGCUUCAGCAAGUACCGGAGCUGGCCAGCAGAAGGCUGUGGUGUCCCUGCACCCGGAAUGGGACAGGCUGCUGGAGAGGGACAAUGUGACCCUGAAGUGCCAGGGGCCCCAGGCUGAGGGGCACAAUGCCACAUGGUGGUGGCGCAGCGGAACCCUCCUGUCAAACCACACCUCCAGCUACUUCAUCGCGUUGGCCACCGUCAGUGACAGCGGGGAGUACAGCUGUCAGACCAGCCUCUCCGAACGCAGUGACCCGGUGCCGCUCCACGUCCAGGCCGCCUGGCUGCAGCUCCAGGCCCGUCGCUGGGUGGUCCAGGAGGGGGACCCCAUCACGCUGAGGUGCCACAGCUGGAAGAAUGUUCCUAUUCACAAGGUCCAGUAUUUCCAGAACGGCAGAGGCAGGAAGUUUUCCCAUCAGAAUUCUGACUUCCACAUCCCAAGGGCAGCAGGCAAACACAACGGCUCCUACUUCUGCAGGGCGAUGAUCGGAACUCUCAACGUGUCUUCUGACGCUGUGAACAUCGUUGUUCAAGCUCUGCCAGCCCCACCCACCUCACUGGGGCUGCCCGUCCUGUUCUGCCUGCUGCUGGGACUCCUGUUUGCGGUGGACACGGGGCUGUAUUUCUCCGUGCAGAGUGACCUUCGCAACUCCCUGAGGAACAGGAGGAAUGACAACGUCACAUGGAGCAAGAGCCCUGAGGACAAGCAGGAGCAGUCAAAGGAGAUCGUCUGAGCCUCUCCGUACUCACAACUCCAUCGUCCCCAACACCCACCUCUGGCGGCAGCGGGACAUCUAUGCCGCAGAGUCUGGGCCGAGGGUCCUUCACCCAACUCUAUUUUCUCCCAGUCUCCAGUGGAAAGGAAGGGCCUAUGAUUUUUUAAAAAUAUUAUUGUCAUUUUUAGUACUCAAUCUGGUUUUUUACUUUUAGUUUUAUGUAUAAUUGGCAUAGAAUGCUCUAUUAGCUGUAGGUGUACAUUGCGAUUCCACAGGUACUGUGCCUCACAAAGCGACCGAAGGGCCUGCGAUCCUCACGGGCCAGCGAAGCCCCCCGAGUGGCUGCCGCGCCAGAGCUCAGGGCCACACAGUCACCUGCCCCAGCACAGCACAGUCUCGGGAGAGGACUCUUAAUGCAUGAGCACUGUUCUUAGAUAACCGAUUGGUAGAUAAGAGAAUGAAUGGCUGAACGCCGUCUGGAUAGUGCUCCGCACCCUGCCACAGGGCAGCUCUCUCGAGGCACCCCAAAACUCCUUCAGACAGACAGUGGCUUCCAGGAGAGACAGCAGAACCAGUGAAGGGGUGGCUGAGAGAGAGCCGAUGGUCCAGGACAGACCAGAGGACACCCCCACCAGGACCAUCUUCCUCAAAACGAGGGCCCUGUAAAAUCAAGGUUAUGAGGGGAGAAGUGGUCCUAGGAAGGGAGCCACAGUUGGGACGGGUGGAACGGACAACACAGAACCAAUCCUGUGCCUGUAGGAAGGAGAGAAGCAUCGCUGUCCCAGGCUAAGCUCCAUGAGCAGGUAUCUCCGUGCCGGGAAAGCGUGAUGAGAAGCAGCCAACCAUGACUGCCCGGGAAAAGGUGGGCACACUGCUGGCCAGGACAGCAAGAAUUAGAGAGGAGGGGCAGGGACUAUGAACCAGAUUUCUGCUCCACUAAUUUGGGUCUAGCUUUGUUCACAUCGUUCAUUAAACAAAUGUCGGAUUAUCGCAGUGAAUGUAAUGAACCCUACUGAGUUCAGUCUCAGCCCUCAGGAACGGGGGUGGGGAGGGAGGAGCACCCGCUGCUUUUGGAAGAAGGCUUUGGCUCGCUCUCUCUGCUUUAGAAGCUUCCAGAGAACACGGUUGAUUCCAGUAAAGCGUUUCACAGGAUUUUGCUUGCUCUCUCAGAUAGAAGAUGGGAAAACCAUCGUAAUAAAACA